AUGGAAACAGUCACUUUCACCUGCACUGCUCCUGGAGAUUCUUUGAGAUGGGUACUGUCAGAUGUUACUCCCAUCGAUAUCCUCUCCACCUUGGGCCUCAAUGUUCCAGUAAUGCAAUCAGGUUACACCGUGACACUAAUUGCAUUCAACGACACUACAUUAACAUCUACUCUGUCAAGAACAGCAGAGAAUGGGAUCACUGUGUCCUUGCCUCGUCCGUUAUCUCACAAUAAGUUACAUAUAGAUCUACCAGGAUCACCUUCCACCAUAAAACACUCCACUCAGAGCAGCUCAGCCAAUGAAUUCAGUGUAUCUGUACAGUGGGACCCACCUACUGAGACUGGUGGUAGAGAUGACCUCACCUACACAGUGACCGUAUCACCUCCGGCCCAGCUCUCUGCUACUGUCCUCACAUCUACCUCUGUCACCGUGACUGCUCAAUACAAUGUGAACUACACUGUCGGUGUUGUGGCUACCAAUUGUGCUGGGAACAGUACGACAGCUGACUACAACUUUAGGAUUGGUAACUGUCCUGUGUUGACCAACCCCAUGAAUGGAGCCUUCGGACCAGUCUUUAGCAGAUUAUCAGGAUCCACAGUAACCAUCCAGUGUGACGCUGGGUAUGUAUCUGCUGUUACAAUGGUGACAUGUGAGAGUACACUGAUGUGGAGUCCAGACCCGGAGGCUAUUGAGUGUACAUUACUAACCACACCUACUCCCACAACUCCUCCUCCAAUAAACUGCACAGCUUCACUACCCUCACCAAGGAAUGGCAUUAUCAGUGAUCAUUCAGUACCAGCUAUUCCCGGUACACAAGUUACCCUCCAGUGUGACGAUGAACUGUUCCCUGAGGGAAUAAUGGCUGCUACCUGUCUAGCUACAGGAAAGUGGGACGAGGAGAUCAUCUGCAGAGGCAAGUGUAUUCAUUACAAUGAAUACACUUGCUUGUAAUAAUACUUAU